AUGAUCUCCACUAGAGCUACUAAAGAAGAAGUAUACCAACCCCUCUCAGAUCCCUCUGACGACUACGAACAAAAAUCCGAAGUAGUAGGUAACUCUCCCUACAAGAACAAACGCAGAAAACUUACCGAAGACGUCAGCAAGUUCAUUGACGAUAUGGCAGAUGAAGACGAAGGAGAAGAUGAAGAAGAGAGUGAAAUUAGUGAACAAGAAAGAAAGAAGAUUUAUGAAAGGUAUGAUCGUACUAAACUUGAGCAGAAGGCUACGAAUAUUUAUGCUGAGAUGGAUGAUGAUGAGCUAGAAGAUUUUGCCAAGAGCUUGGAAAAUAAGUAUGAGAAAGGGGUUGAAGAGCAGGAAGAGGAAGAUGAAGCAAGGAAUUUGUGCCCGACUGUUGCUGAUCCUAUCCUUUGGCUAGUGAAAUGUAAGCAAGGUAGUGAGAGAGAGGUAUGCAUUUGCCUCAUGAAUAAGUAUCUCCAGCUGAAGAAAGAAGGAAAUCCUUUGAGCAUUAUUUCUGCAACUAUCAGUGACAAAAUUAAGGGUCAUUUGUAUAUUGAAGCAUAUAAAGAAUGCCAUGUCAGAGAAGCCAUCAGAGGAAUGAACCUUAUCUUCCAGAGGAGCUGCAGGAGGAUUAAGGAAGAAGAAACAGCAAAUGUGUUUGAGAUUGAUAAAUCUGCCAAAAUCACUAGAAAGAAAGGGCAAUGGGUCAGACUCAAUACUGGAGUCUAUUCUGGUGAUUACGGAAAAAUUGUAGAGAUAGAUGAUAACAAGGACGGGUGCUAUCUCAAACUGAUCCCAAGAAUCAAGACUGAAACCGUACCUGACGCAAGAGUAUUCAAGGAUAAGAGAAGAUUUAACAAUCCUGAGAGGCCUCCUUUGAAAUUCUUUAAUAAAGAGGAAGUCACUGAAGUUGCUGAGAAGUUCAGCAAUAUCUUUAAGAAGACUAUGUACUACUGGAACAGAAAUUACUACAGGAAAGGCUUUUUGUACAAGUAUUUCAAUGUUAGGAAUUUUGAUACUGAAAAUAUUAUCCCUCCUCGUGCUAUCUUUGAAAAAUUCCAUAAGCCCAGUACUAAUUUUGAUGAUGACAACAGCAGUGAAGAAGAUAUUGUAGAGGAGUUGGAGAAAUGGAAGACCCUAGCUUCAAAGAGCAUUCUUCUUACAAAAGGAGACAAAAUAAAAGUUAUCUCAGGAGAUCUCCAAAAUUUGACUGGGAAGGUUGUUGCAAUAGAUCCAAAAGUGAUCACUAUAAAGCCUGACAUUAAAGAUAUUCCAGAUAACUUAGAUAUCGAUAUCAGACUGAUUUCUAAGCAUUUUAACGAAGGAGACCAUGUCACUGUUGUAGAAGGUCAGUAUGAGGGAGAUAAAGGCAUGAUUACUAAAGUUAGUGGGGAAAGAUGAAUCAUAUUCUCAGAAUCAAGCCAGAGAGAGUUCAUUGCUUUUCUUAAUAAUUGCAAGCUCACCGCUCAAAUUGCUAAAAUGACUUCUUCAAACUUUGAUCAUGGCUACAAUGUAUUUGAUCUUAUUAUCACAACUAAUAAUACUGCUGGAGUUGUCCUUGGAACUGAAAAAGAUAAUUUAAAGGUGCUUACACAGAUUGGGAGAGUCAGACACAUUGAUAUCAACGAAAUUAGCACCAAGAUUUUCCAGAAGAAAAACAUCUCAACUCUUGAUCACAAUGGAAACUUUAUGAGUAUCGGUGAUCCAGUUAGAGUGAUAGAUGGACCAAAUAGGAACUUGAAGGCAAUUAUUAAGAACAUUCACCACAACUCUAUUUUCCUGUAUAACAAGGAAUUCAUAGAGACUCUUGGCUACUUUGUUGAGAACAACAAGAGUAUUGCAAUGAGAGGAGCUGAAGACCCGUCAAGAAGAAUGAUGAUUCCUCUCACAAACAAAAGAAAUGAUCCUUUACUUGGGAAGGUAGUCAACAUCUGCAGAGGAGAAUACAAAGGAUUCGAAGCCAAAGUGACAGACAUCAUGGAAGAUAGAGUAAAGCUAGAGCUCUUCUUCAAUAACAGAAUGAUUCUACUGAAAAGAGAAGAAGUCAUUGAAAAGGGUGAAGUGCAACUUGAGAAGAGUCAAGUGAAAUUCGAGGAGACAGAUACUACAGAAGUGAAGACUCCAGUAUAUCAACCAAGCAGCCCAGGUUGGUCAUACUAUGAUGCCAGCGUCACUAAAAAUGAGUCCCCUUGCAAGGAAGCAUGGGGUACUUAAGAUGA